AAAGUGGGGUUGGGAGAGGGAAUAAGGUGGAGCAUGUGUCAAGUGUGGGUCCCAACCUGCAGUGCACGUGCUCUCCUAUAAAAAGCCACGUCAUUGGAGGCUGAUGAUGAUGAGGAUGAGUGGCUACAGAUCUGCCUCUCUACUCUAUUCUGAUUUCUGCUUACUCACUCACUCACCCCUUCAGUCUUGAGAAGUGAGCCGCACACUGUGUCACUAAAAACUGACUCACAAAUCUCAUUAUCUCCCUUCUUUCCUAUACUCCACUCACAACAAAAUUACUACCCAUCUACCUAAAUUAGGAGAGAGAAAAAAACCCACUUAAAAAUGGGAGAGGAGAAGAAAAAACCAGAAGGUGAGAAGAAAUCUGAGGAGAAAAAAACAGAAGCUAAAAACCCAGAAACAGAGAAAGUUGAAAAACCAGCAGAAGGCGAGAAACCAAAAGUUGAGGAAAAUAAAUCAGAGGAGAAUAAGAAAGAAUCAAAAGUAGAACAGGCGCCGCCGCCUCCACCACCACCGCAGGAGAUAAUCUUGCGAGUUUUCAUGCAUUGUGAAGGAUGUGCUCGUAAAGUUAGAAGAUCUCUUAAAGGUUUUAACGGUGUGGAAGAUGUAAUGACAGAUUGCAAAACGCAUAAAGUAGUGGUGAAAGGAGAGAAAGCAGAUCCGUUGAAAGUGUUGGAUAGGCUUCAGAAAAAAACACAUCGUCAAGUUGAAUUACUCUCUCCAAUCCCUAAACCUCCGGCUGCAGAAGAAGCUGUUAAAUCGGAGGAAAAACAGCCCCCUAAACCAGAAGAGAUUAAAGAAGAGCCAAAAGUCAUUACUGUGGUGCUCAAAGUUCACAUGCAUUGUGAGGCAUGUUCUUUAGAGAUCAAAAAACGCAUCGAGAGAAUUAAAGAGGUGGAAGAAGCAAUGCCAGAUCUAAAGAACUCACAAGUGACAGUGAAGGGAACAUUUUCCCCAACAAAACUAGUAGAAUAUGUAUACAAACGCACCGGAAAACAUGCAACCAUAAUUCAACAAGAUCCCCCUGAGGAGAAAAAAGAGGAAGCAGGUAAAGAAGGAAAAGAGGAUAAGAAAGAAGAAGCAGCUGGAGAUCAAGAAGGGAAAAAGGCUGAACAAAAAGGGGAGGAAGGAAAGAGCGACAAAAAAGAGGAAGGCGGUGGUGGAGGCGGAGGGCAAGAAGGAAAACCCGCUAUUGAAAGUGGCGACGGGGCAGCAACAACGGUGGAGGAGGGACCUAAGAUAGUAGAAAUAAAGAGAAAUGAGUUUUACUAUUACCCUCCUAGGUAUGCAAUGGAAAUGUAUGCAUAUCCUCCUCAAAUCUUUAGUGAUGAGAAUCCUAAUGCUUGUUCUAUCAUGUAAAUUUUUACUUUAAAACAUUUGUGGGGACAAAAAAAUAUAUUUGGUUUAUUUUAUUAGUUGUAUAAUUGUUCUAU